AUAAUCCAAAUCCAAGUGUGAUUUGGGAUGGGAGGAUCCAAAGGAUCAGCUGAGAGGGGUAUGCGCGCGCUGAAUCUGCCAGGGAGGUGUGCCGUCAGUUAAUCAUCGCUGCCCGAGCAUAUUUCCCAACGCCGCGAAUCACUCCCUGGUCUCACAUUAGUGUGUGCUGCAACCACGCCGAGCCAGCUUCGCGCUCGUUUUGUCAGUCCCCGUUUCCGCUUCUCUUUUCUGCGUGUCAGUGUGUCUCUCGUCAAAAAUCUGCAUUUCCGUGCGUGUGUGUCUUCGCUUCUCGGCCAGCGGCUUGCUUGUGGUGUCCUCGUGUUGUCCUGGUGCCUCGAUUGCCGUCGUUUGUUCCGAGCCGGGUCCGCACCAUGGAGCCCCUGGGCUCCGUGCCGGACGUCGUGGACGUCGCGGUACUCAAGCGCUGGCACCAGAUUGCUCCGCAGGAGCUGGGACUCGCCGGCGCCGAGGCCGGCGCCCAGUGCCCCGCGGACGUCCACGAGCGGACGCCCUUCCCGGUCAGUGAGGUGGUGAACCGAAAGGUGGCCCUGUGGGUGGGCGACCUGACGAGCCUCAACACGCACGCCAUCGUCAACUCGACCAACGAGAAUUUGACGGACAAGAGCCCGCUGAGCCAGAGGAUCGUGGAGAGGGCCGGCGAGCAGCUCAGGCGGGACAUGCUCAACGAAAUCCGCACAUGUCGCACGGGCGAGGCGAAGCUGAGCAAGGGCUACAAUUUGCCUGCCCGAUUUGUGAUCCACACGGUGGGGCCCAAGUACAACGCCAAGUUCCGGACGGCGGCCGAGAGCGCUCUUCACUCGAGCUACUGGCGGGUGCUCCAGAUGUUGCCGGAACACGGCCUGGCCACCCUCGGACUCUGCCCCAUCCACUCGGCUCGCAGGGGCUACCCGCUCCAGGACGGAGCUCACCUGGCCUUGCGGACCCUGCGUCGGUUCCUGGAGCUGCAUGGCGACUGCGUGGAGCUGGUGGUGCUGGUGAUGGAGGGCACCGAGCUGGGCAUGUACGAGCAGCUACUGCCGCUCUACUUCCCCCGCACCCAGUGGGAGGAACACAUGGCCCAGAGGGCGCUGCCAGAGGAUGUGGGGGGUCCCAACGGGGAGCCCCUGCUGCCAGAGCGCAUCAUUCGCAUCGUGGACAAGCCCUUUGGAGGAGGUGUGGUAGGUGAGGAGGCUGAGCACGGGUCCCACAUGGAAGGCUCGGUGGUGGUGGGACGCACCGCCUUUGCCCGCAUGCAGGGGGACGUGGACAGGCACGGGGCUCGGCCCCCCGCAGACGCCCUCACGAUGGAACUGCAGCGCGCCCACAGGUAUGAACGCCUCUUGCGAAGAGCGAGGAUGGAGGACCUGCGAGCAGUGCGAGAGGCCCGCUUUCUCUACGAGGGAGGCCGGGAUCGCAAGGGUCGUCCCGUCUUUGUCUUUGUGGGACGACGCUUCAGGGCAUUGGACCCCGAAAAGGUGCUUCUGCAGCUGUUGCUGGCCCUGGACUCCGUGGCCCCGGUGCAGCCUUUCUCGGUGGUGUACCUGCACACCCUGGCGGAGGAGCCUCCGCAGCUGGGAGAGGUGCUCAGGGACGCCUUCGAGCUGCUGGAGCCCAAGCACAGGCAGAACCUGCACACACUCUACCUUGUACAUCCAGGCUUUUGGACACGGGUGGCGGCCUGGUGGUUCACCGCGUUCAAGGUGCCCGACAUGCGCGGCAAGGUGAACAUGGUGUCACGGCUGGACGAGCUCUUCCUGGACGUGGCCCCCGAGCAACUGGACCUGCCACGAUUCGUGCUGGAACACGACCUCCUGCUGCAUGGAUCUCGUCCACAAGGCCUGGCACAGGGUGCCCAACAGUAGCCAGGGACGGACCCGCCCUGCUCCGAGGACCGAUUCACGGCGUGCCUUUCCCUUUUGUACAUUUACCGAAACAAAAUACAGCAGCUGGUACCAAAGCAA